AUGGCAGAUCAACAGCAAACUACACAAACCAUUGACUCCAGUGGUGUUGGUAAUGUUGUUGUUGAUACUAACAAUAUUAGUGACAAUCAAGAGUUGCUAGAUAUAUUAAAUUCUUUAGCGGAUACAUUUAUUAAUGAGUCUAAUUAUUCAUCUUUUGAAGAUUUAUUUAUGUCAGUAGAGGAGGCAUAUUGGUAUUAUAUUGAUAUUCAUUUGAUCCAAAAUCCUAGAUUACCCAAACCUGAUUUACAACAUUUUGCAGAAAUGAUUUUACAAAAUAAUGAAAGAUUAUUACCAUUACACCAAGCAUUAUUAUUUACAUCAAAUUAUCAAACUAUGAUCAAAAAGUUUGAAGCAUUUAAAAGAUUAAUUCCAAAAUAUGGCGCAAUCAUUAUGAACAAAGAUAUGACAAAGGUAGUGUUGGUCAAAGAACAAUGGUGGGGUUGGGGUUUCCCAAAAGGUAAAGGUAAGGAAGGUGAAACAGAAGCUCAAAGUGCUGCCAGAGAAGUUUUUGAGGAGAUUGGCUUUGAUAUUACAAGAUAUUUAAAAAAAGAGGCGUUUAUUCAAAAAGAAACUCAUGGUGUUAUUAAAAAGUUUUUUAUAGUUACAGGGAUUGAUGAAAUGACCGAUUUCGAAACCCAUACAAGAUAUGAAAUUAGUAGAAUUAAAUGGCAUAGUAUCGAAGAUAUUCCAUUAUUUCAUAGUAGAGCAUCACACCAGUUUGCAGCAAUUAUACCAUAUAUGAAGCCAUUGUUAGCAUGGAUAGAUGGUAAAAGAAUAGAGAAUGGAUUAGAACCAAUACAAAGAAAUAAUUUAAAUAAUGACGGUAAUAAUAUGGGUGGUGGGAAUAUAGGUGGAGAUCAGUUUUCUGUAAACAAAUGGACAUCAUAUAGAAACAAGUCAAAGAAUCAACAACAACAAAAGCAAAAUAAAAAUUUUGAAGAUGAAAACGAAAUUACUUUACUUAAUGAAAUUGAUGGUAUCCAGUUAUCGCAGUAUAUUGAUGAGUUUAAACAGUUUCUUUGUGAAAAGCAAUCUUUAUCUACUAGUGGCAAUAAUACACCCAAGCUAAACUCAAAUAUAUCUAAAAAAAUUGAAUCUAUUAACUUGUCUAAAUCAUCACAACAAAUUCAAAACCAACAACAACAGCAAUUACAACAGCAACUUCAGCAACAAUUAUUUCAAAAGCUACAACAACAAAAGCAACAAAUUAUGCAACAACAGCAACAAAACCAAUCUAUGCAACAACCAUUCCAAUCAUUUAAUCAACAGACGAAUAAUAGUAAUAACAAUAAUAAUUCUUACAUUUUACCCCAACAACCACCACAAGGUCAAAAUUUUAUUCAGCCAUUCCAAAACCAAAACCAAAACCAAAACCAAACUCAAAAUCAAAACCAAAACCAAAACCAAAAUCAAAGUCAAAGUCAAAAUCAAAAUCAAAGUCAAAAUCAAAAUCAAAGUCAAAAUCAAAAUCAAAAUCAAAAUCAAAAUCAAAAUCAAAACCAAAAUUUUAUGCAGCAAAACCAAAAUCAAUUUCCUCCACAACAGUUUUAUUCAAUACAAAAUUUCAAUAGUAGCAAUAACAAUAGCAAUAAUAAUAGAUAG